UAAAAAGCAUCUAGUAGCCGGUGUUAUUGGUGUAUUGCUGUAGUGGAGCAGAAAUGGCAGGUUCAAGAUUAUUUUCCAUUUUUCCGGUUUGCUUUCUGGUGUUACUGCUGAAAGCACAAAGUAUACCAAUCACAUUAGUUCAAAGUGGGGUAGCCAAGGGAGCUGUUUGCUUGGAUGGGAGCCCCCCAGCUUACCACUUUGAUAAGGGUUUUGGAGCUGGGAUCAACAAUUGGUUGGUUCACAUUGAGGGAGGAGCAUGGUGCAAAGAUACAGCGACAUGCCUUUCUCGCAAGAACACAGAGCGAGGCUCAUCCAGUAAAAUGAAAAAAGAUAUGGGUUUUUCUGGGAUACUCAGUGGCAAGAAAAAUUCUAAUCCGGACUUUUACGACUGGAACAGAAUUAAAAUUAGGUACUGUGAUGGUUCCUCGUUUACUGGCGAUGUCGAGGCUGUCAGUCCAUCUACGGGUCUUUACUUGAGAGGAGCAAGAGUAUGGCGUGCUAUUAUUGAUGAUUUACUAGCAAAAGGAAUGAAUAAAGCACAAAUGGCUAUUCUUUCGGGUUGUUCUGCCGGUGGAUUGAGUGCCAUUUUGCAUUGCGACAACUUCAAAGAUCUACUGCCUGCAACUACUAAGGUCAAAUGCAUCUCGGAUGCUGGUUUCUUCCUCAAUGCGAAAGAUAUUUCCGGGGGCCAAACCAUUCAAAACUUCUUUAGUCAAGUAGCUGCAACUCAUGGAUCGACAAAAAAUUUGCCUGCAUCUUGCACGGCAAGAACAACGCCAGCAGAGUUGUGUUUCUUCCCUCAAUAUGUCGCUCAAACAAUGCGGACUCCACUUUUUAUUCUAAAUUCUGCAUAUGAUUCAUGGCAGCUGAAGAACAUUUUGGCACCAAGUUCUGCUGAUAGUGGUAACAAGUGGAGUAAUUGCAAGCUUGAUCUUAAGAAAUGCUCUGCUCCUCAACUCCAAACCGUGCAAGAUUUUCGAAACCAGUUCCUAAAUGCGUUAUCUGCACUUGGAAAGUCUCCAUCGAAAGGAAUGUUUAUACUGUCAUGCUAUGCCCACUGCCACGCCGGAAGGCAGAUUACGUGGUUAGCGUCUGACUCUCCAAUGCUUGGUAACACGACAAUUGCAAAGGCCUUUGGAGACUGGUACUACGACAGAGAUGCCUUUGACAGGAUUGACUGUCCAUACCCUUGCAACCCCACAUGCAAAGCUGUUCCUGAUGAUUCAUGAAGUAUAGAUUUAGCAUUUGGUAAUGAAUGAUAAUAAUAAUAAUUAUAUAUAUAUAUAUACGAAAACCUGAACAUGUCAUUAUGAUAUGCAAGGGUUUGGGCUGCAAUUGAUUGUGUAAUUUUAUAUUUGGAACCUAUAGUGAUGAGUUCAUUAAUUUAUUGUUUGAUUUUAUUUUGUUAGCAAAAACACUUUAGAUGGAGUAA